GGGGGACCUACCACAAUGCAAAACAAAGUAAAUAUUUGUACACUUUCCAUACUUCACUUUGGAUCUAUUCUUUUUUUUUUUUUAUAAGCGUAACCCACUUCCCUAACAGUAUUGUUACAGUUGGUUCAGUUACACUGUCCUCUUGUUUCAGUUGGGCCAUUUGAUUCAAGAGUGAAUCCAUCAAGUUAAAAGCAAACCCAGGACUCGUAAUUCUGUCUGUCACUCAGCUCUGUUUAUCGAUACUGAUAAUAUUAAGUAUGUGGGGGGGGGGGAGAUAGAGUUAGAGAGAGAGAAAGAGAGAGAGAGAGAGAGAGAGAGAGAGAGAGAGAGAGAGGGGAGAGGGAGAGAGAGAUAAUGAAAUUCAAUUUAUAUAUAGUCUAAAAGCACAGGAUAAGCAAAGAUUUUCAGCCCAGAUAUUUUCUGUCGACUAUUGCUCUGCAUUUUAACCCAGACAAUGUCUGUCAACUAUUGCUCUACGUUUGAACCCAGACAAUGUCUGUCACCUAUUGAUCUACAUUUAAACCCAGACAAUGUCUGUCAACUAUUGCUCUACAUUUAAACCCAGACAAUGUCUGUCAACUAUUGCUCUACAUUUAAACCCAGACAAUAUCUUUCAACUAUUGCUCUACGUUUGAACCCAGACAAUGUCUGUCACCUAUUGCUCUACAUUUCAAUCCAGACAAUGUCUGUCAACUAUUGCUCUACAUUUCAAUCCAGUCAAUGUCUGUCACCUAUUGCUCUACAUUUCAAUUCAGUCAAUGUAUGUCACCUAUUGCUCUACAUUUCAACCCAGACAAUGUCUGUCAUCUAUAGCUCUACAUUUCAACCCAGACAAUGUAUGUCAUCUAUUGCUCUACAUUUCAAACCAUAAAGUGUCUGUCAUCUAUUGAUCAACAUUUCAACCCAGAAAAUGUCUGUCAUCUAUUGCUCAACAUUUCAACCCAGAAAAUGUCUGUCAUCUAUUGCUCAACAUUUCAACCCAGAAAAUGUAUGUCAUCUAUUGCUCAACAUUUCAACCCAGAAAUGUCUGUCAUCUAUUGUUCGCCACUGAUCGCGGGUGUGUUGGCCUUGAGACCAGCUGUUUCUCAUUGGUACUAUGUUGCGACACGCUACACCAAAUUGCUUUAAAAUUCUGCAACAAAAAAUUCAAAGUUGUACAAUAAAUAUGAUCUGUUUCUAGGAUGUUUCCGAGCAAUUGAUUACACAAUUAGAUUAUAGGAUUAAAAUAAUUGCAAUGACAAUAAGAUUAUAAGAUAAGACUGUCGCUUAAUAUAUUUUAAUUUGAAAUGAAUAUACUGAGACUGGAGUGUUUAUCCAGUAUCUGAAGUACAACCAGCAAGGGGGAAUAGCCAAUAUCCGGGAUUAAACCUCUGUGGGACAAUAUCCUUUAUCCAAGGUAACAACUGUAUGGAAUAAUAUCCAUCAUCCAGCGUAGAAACUACGUGAAGCAAUAUCCAUUAUCCAGGGUCACAUUAACAUGAGAAUAUCUGAAACGUAAACUAUGCGUUAUCCAUGGUCCCGUCCGAAAUACAUAAUAUCCAUUAUCCGGUAUACACACCAUCCAAUGUUGUUCUUUAAAUAGCUCGGCCAGUGCUGAGCUCCCGUCGUCUGCUAAACAGCGGUCACCGUUUUAAAGCACCAGGGAGCAGACGUGCGAACCACCCAAUCAGCAUGGCGGCAUGUAGAGAGUCCCUGGCCACGUGUGAGAACCCCGAAUUCCCCAACUGGAUGUGGCGCUACAACAGGAACAAACGCCUUCCCCGCUUCGAACCCUGGUUCACUAGGUGAGUUGCGGCCUGAGAACCGAUUUUCUGGUGUCCAUUAAAGGUUACACGCAUUUGGCAAUAAACGUUCUACUUUGCGGUUCUUGAAUGUGCUCUGUUCAAUUCUUGAAUGUGCUCUGUUCAAUUCUUGAAUGUGCUCUGUUCAAAUCUUGAAUGUGCUCUGUUCAAUUCUUGAAUGUGCUCUUUUCAAUUCUUGAAUGUGCUCUGUUCAAUUCUUGAAUGUGCUCUGUUCAAAUCUUGAAUGUGCUCUGUUCAAAUCUUGAAUGUGCUCUGUUCAAAUCUUGAAUGUGCUCUGUUCAAUUCUUGAAUGUGCUCUGUUCAAUUCUUGAAUGUGCUCGGUUCAAUUCUUGAAUGUGCUCGGUUCAAUUCUUGAAUGUGCUCUGUUCAAGUAGCGCACUCGAUUACAAAUUUCACUACAUAUAUCUUUUUUUUAUUAUAAAAUCAUUUGAUAAAGUGUUGGUUGAGUUACUGUUAAAAAUAUUAAAAUGCCUCUUUCGGCUUUUUUUUCCGUGCAGCUCAAUACGAACCAGAGAUAUUAUUAUUUCAUGAUACUCCCAUACUAAGUUGAAUCUGUUCAUCAUCUAUAUGAAGUUUUAUAAAAGAUGGGCUCUAGCCAAAAAUUUUAAGAUUGGUAAAAGCAGUAUUUUGCUUCACUCUUAGAUUGAAACUGAUCGAGCCAAAAAAAAAUAAUAUUUUGUUUGUCUUAUUGUAGACUUGAAAGAUGGCCGCCGCAAUACCGGAACAUGGGCAUGCACGACAACUUCCGGUUCCAUCCCGUUGGACCAAACGAGCAGGAGAGACCGUUCCUCCAUCUUGGAGUCAACUACGCACAUGACCUGCUCCUGGACAGGAAAGGCGGAUUCGGAAACAGCGCGUUGGGUUUCACGCCAGGGCCGGCGCCCCCAAGGUUAAACACAUUUGAAAAACUUCACCCUGUCUUAGAAACUCUUAAUUACUGCGUCUUAACCGGGUGCAGUUUUGUUACAUCGGGUCCGGGUAUUUUGAGUAAAUACCCCUUGGGUGAAAGUGUUACCAAAAAAAAAAAAGACUCAACUUCUGACAACCCUAAAGACAGCCUUACACACAGUCUUAAAGACAGCCCUACAGACAUCCCUACCCUACAGACAGCCCUACAGACAGCCCUACACACAGUCCUAAAGACAGCCCUAUAGACAACCCUACAGACAGACCACCACACACCAGUGAUCGUCCAAUGGCGCCCUUUCCUAGACAUAGAAACACAUAGUCCUAUUUCCCGCAGGCUCGUGGUUUACGAAGUGGACAAUCCCUACCCACGCGAUGACCUGUACAAAGUCAACGAGAUCCACAACAUAUCCCCGGGAAUGUCCCUUUUAGAUCACACUUACCUGCCUUUCCCUGAAACCGAUUACACACGAGAACCGCUUAAUCCAAGGUGAGUGGGAACUAGAGGGCGACCACCGAUGUGGUUCCGGUGCAUAGCAUUGAUGUGGUGCAGUAGAUGGCAUUACACCAUCGUGGUGCAGUAGAUGGCAUUACACCAUUGUGGUGCAGUAGAUGGCAUUACACCAUUGUGGUGCAGUACAUGGCAUUACACCAUUGUGGGGCAGUACAUGGCAUUACACCAUCGUGGUGCAGUACAUGGCAUUACACCAUUGUGGGGCAGUACAUGGCAUUACACCAUUGUGGUGCAGUACAUGGCAUUCCACCAUAGGGGUGCUCUCCACAACAUUGACGUGGUUCAGUCCAUGGCAACAUUUUUUGGAGAUCUUGGGCUUGGCGCAGACGAACGUUUACUGUGGCUCGACGGAAUUGAAAUUCUCCAUUAACUCUUAUUGAGCAGGAAAUAGUGCAGACGUUUCUCUAAAUGUGUGACCUCCGCUAGCAACUGCAGAGGUAGUCGUAGCUAGCAACUGCAGAGGUACUCGUAGCUAGUAACUGCAGCGGUAGUCGUAGCUAGUAACUGCAGAGGUAGACGCAGCUAGUAACUGCAGAGGUACUCGUAGCUAGCAACUGCAGAGGUAGCUGUAGCAAACGCUACACUUUCUUUUUUAAGGGUUGACUGCUUCGAUAUGCAACUUGCCAGAUAGCGUAAAUCCUCAACAUAGCAAGAUGUGUGUGCAAGGCAAGAUGUAUGUACGUAGCAAGAUGUGUGUACAUGACAAGAUGUGUGUACGUUGCCAGAUGUGUAUACGUGGCAAAAUGGGUGUGUAUGGCAAGAUGUGUGUGUAUGGCAAGCUGUGUGUACAUGGCCAGAUGUGUGUACAUAGUCAGAUGUGUGUACAUGGCAAGAUGUGUGUACAAGGCAAGAUGUGUGUACAUGGCAAGAUGUGUGUACAAGGCAAGAUGUGUGUACGUGGCAAGAUGUGUGUCCAAGGCAAGAUGUGUGUACGUGGCAAGAUGUGUGUACUUAGUAGGAUGUGUGUAUGACAAGGCACAUAAUAAUAAUAUCUGCAAUGUGGAGUAAAAACUUUGGUAGAGAAGGGACCCUGUCAUUUAAUUGCACAUGGUGACGCCUGUAAUAAAAUCACGUGAUGUGUUCAUAAAUUUAAUUGGUCUCAUUCCCCUGAUUGUUCCGUUAUAUAGUAUAAUUGUUGUUGUUUAAUCCGUGCUGUUCCUCCAGACAAUAUCUAGAGAAGACCUUGGGUCAAGCCAUGGAGCACCCCGGCACGUUCCCCCACUUCAACAUGCCGUCCAGCGGCGCCACCGGCCGGCUGUGCGGUGCCGCGACCUGCGGUUCGAUCGACCCCAUGGAGGUGUGGCUGGACAAGCACAGGAAGCGGGAGGCCGAGCAGGCCCUGGAGAGAUACCUGAGAUCUCGCCCGUAA